AUGUGGGACGAGCAACGAUCAGAAUGGCUCAUAAAGAGCCUUUUAUGGAUCCAGCUUCUCAGAGGCGUAUUUGCGGAAGAUGUUUGGGAGCGGGAAUCCGUUGAUAUGCCAGAGUUGCGUUUCGUGGAUACGUUUGCUGAUAGAGCUAGACUUGUGAGUGACAUGUUGCGGACUGGAAGGGAGGAUCAGUUGGGGAGCGGCUUGCCGUUUGAACAAGUCAUGCCAUUAGAACGAUCAAGUUCUACUAGUC